UUAUUGGUAUUACCCUAAGAAAAACCAUUGAAAAUUUGUAUUGGAUUUGGAAAGGGUCCCGAUUCCACUCAAUCUACGGUACCCAUAUAUUGGAAUUUGAACACCGGUGCAGUUGCAUCGUUCGAUACAAAUACUGACAAAUACAGAUACACAAGAUAUCUUAAAGUUGCAAAUGGCAACAGGCAAUGUUUCCUUUGCCAUUUCAAUAAACGAAUAAAAAAUAAACUUAUGGUCAAUACUCAUUAAUUAUAUUUGUUAUUGAUAUUUGAUGGAUGUCAAAUCUACGUACAAACAUAAUAUUGCAAUUUAAAUAAAAAAACAAAAAAAAAUCCCUUUAAGAUUCUGGGUUUGCUAUGUAAUAUAUGGUGAACUUAACUACGACAGAGGAUUCAUUGAUAUUAUUCCUAUGUCUUUAACAAACAUAAUCCAAAAGCAAGAUAUUGUUUUUUUGUGAAUCUUUCAACGCAGUCUUCAACAGUAUCAAGGAAAAACACAUGAGAAUCGAAAAUGACUGAAGAAGCAGAUGAAAGUGUAAAUAAGGAGAGUCAUUUCAUGAGCGUUUGGGUCAAAUGUGAACCAGUCAAUGGAGAGAACAGUGAAUUGUCUGAUGAAGAAAUCGCUCCCGUAGAAAAUUUACUGAACCUCCAAUUAGUCGAAAGCGAUAAGGACUGGACGAAUUCUAAAAGAAGAAAAAAUCGUUAUAAACCAACCAAACUAUUGAAAUGCGAUCAUUGCGAUUUUACGACCGUCUACAAAAACUCAUUAGCCAUGCACACUGUCAGACAUACAAACAUAAAACCGUAUACGUGUAAACAAUGUGAUUACGCCACCAAAUACACGUCUUGCUUGAGAAGGCACAUGAUAGUCGAGCAUAAAUGCACGGAGACUGGAGAGAAAAUAAUUACCCCCCUCAAAUGUGCUUUGUGCGAUUACACAACACUUUUCAAGGACAAUCUGAAUGCUCACAAGCGAAAACACAAGUCGGAAAAGCGUUAUCAAUGUGAGAAUUGUACAUAUUCAACUUCGUACAUCAACAAUUAUAAGAAACACAAAAAGAAGCAUUCGAAAGAAAUUGUCGAGUUCAAAUGUGACAAAUGUUCGUUUGUAACAAAACAUUCGGGUCACAUACACAGGCAUCUGUCUCAGAUACAUAACGAGAUAACGGAGAAAGCGAAGAAAUGUGAAUUCUGUGAUUUCACAACAAUAGUCGGAUGGAGAUUGAACAUACACAAGCAAAGGAGUAGACAGAAUGAAGUCAUAAAGUGCGUUUACUGUGAAUACCAAACUUUUUAUAAAUGCGAAAGCAAGAAACACAGUAAUACACAUUUCAAGGAAAUCUAUACGAAAAACUCACAUAGAAAUAAACAUAAUAAUAUUCAAGAACAAAAUGUAGACGAAACUUUGAGUUUGAAUCUCGGUGAGCAAAAUCCUCCUUCAAUCAUGAAUCAAACGAACCACAGCUCAUACAAUAUCAACUCCUAUACGAAUACCAGUAAUUACAGUCAAAACUAUUCGAACGCUGAAGAUUUUUUACCGAAAGAACUGUUAAAUUACACGGAGAUAUCAAAUGAAUUACCGUUGACUUACAGCACCCCAUAUUCAGAUAAAAUCGACAAGAAAAACAUUCAAGUAUUGGACUCUAAUGACAGAGAAAGACCAUUUGGUUGCUCUCAUUGCAAUUACAUAUCGAAAUUCAAGGCAACGGUGCAGAGGCACUAUCAAAGACACCACACUGACGACAAGCGCCCGUACCACUGCUCCAACUGCGACUUCAAAACGAAGACCAAAGAUCAGAUAGCGCUGCACAACAAACGCAGCGCCUCCUCCCUGGAAAUGAGAUGUCAGAAUUGUGAUUUCACAACGAAUUUCAAAUGCCAAUUCGUUAUGCAUCAGCGCUCCCACUACACGUUCAAGUGUGAGCUGUGUAAUUACACGUGUAAGCAUAAGCAUGAGAUCGAGAAGCACGUGAGGACGAUUCACAUGGGCACAAAGCACCUGUGCAAGUAUUGCGACUUCAAAACUCCUAAAUUGGAAGCGCUGCUGUGUCACGAAGCAUUGCACACCGGCAACAAACCGUUUAAAUGCAAGUUGUGUGACUACCAGACUGUGAGGCUCUCCCUUUUGGACAUACACGUCAGGAGGUACCACAGUGAUUUGAAGGUAGUCAAACUUAUUAGCGAGAGUAAAGUGCAAUCCCUAAAGGUAUCCGUUCCACCUGAUGAAUGUUCGUGAACUAUAUCUAUUUUUAUGAUUGAAAGAUUACUGGGAGCCCGGAGGCCUUUCCAGUCUCACUAGGACAAGUGAGCAAGCAAAGGCUCAGCCACGAUGAGAUCCAUGUUUGUUAGAUGCCGAUUUGCCCACUACAAAGUAGAGAUCUAAGACGGAGUAUAUGUGUUAGUUCAGUGUACAUUGCCCACUAUACUAUUUGUUUAUUUUGUCCAUGAAUGGUAGGGUUUGUUAGUGAGGUCUAUUAGAUUGAUAAGCAAUGAGCGUGCGACGUAAGGAGAGGAGGGGUUCUUUGAGUAGUGUA